AAAGAGCCAAAAGAUACAGGGCGAUGGCCGACGACGCGUGCAGCAGCCUCCGCGAGGUGCUCGGGGUCGUGCUGCGGUCGGUGUUGCCAAACAAGACGCUCGACGACGACGAGAGCGUGGAGGAAGCCCUCGGCCGGCUGCGUCGGGCGCUCCAGGCGCUACCGCAAGCCGACGCGUCGGUGUUUUGGCACCUCGCGCACGUGGCGCAGCUCAAAGAGAUGCUGCACGAGCACGUGGCCGAGGCCAUCGAGACGUAUGUCGACGACGCCAUGGCCAAAGACCCCGACUGGAUGCUCGUGACGCCGAAUGCGUCGCCACUCGAUGCGGUCGUCGAUGCCAUGAUUCUCUCCAAAGGGCCCAAUGUGCACCAGCUACAGACGCGGCUGCACGACGCCGUCGCGAGCCAAGUUGCCGCGAUCAUGGACGAGUUGCGCGACCGCGGGCCACUGCAUGACCAUUUCGCAGCAAGCGCCAGCGCCUUAGACGCGCGGGUGCAGGCCGUGCCAUCCAUUCACGGAGCCAACGACAAUGUCUUGCGCCUCGAUAGCGUCUCCAACGACGAUGCUGACGACGGCGAUAGCAACGUGCUCUGGACCGACGGCUUUGACGACGAAGACGACAGCCAUGCACCACAGCUCACAGCCGGCGACCUUUACGUGCUACUGGACCGCAUGGCGCUGCCGUCGUCCAAGGCGCGGCUUGAUGCGUUUGCACAGCUCGUGGCGGUCCCUGUCGACGCGCUCCUCGAGCUCGGGGACGCAAGUGUGGACGCCGUGACGCGCCGCCUCGUGUCCUUUUGUCUCGACAAAGAUGACGUGACUUCGAUCCGUACGAUCACGCUCCUCCACGCACUCUUCCAGGGCACCCAGCGCGACAGUGCCGCGCAGUGCCGGCUCUACGCCGUGCUGGUCGAGACUCUGCUGCACAGCACCCCUCGCCCAGCUUUGUUUCUGCGCAAACCAUCGAUCUCGUCGCCGACACCGUCGCAGUCGCCCCAGCGCGGCCUGCUUCGGAUGCUGCGCUAUGUCCACCACCUACUGCAGGUGCUGCCCAACGAAUGGGUUUAUGCACCGCCCGACGUCCGCGCCCGCGCGCUCCUUAUGACGGCCCAGCUGCUCGGGCCAUGGGAUAUACCCGGGUCGAGUUCGUUGACCGAGCAGCAGAGUCUCUCGGGGUCGACCGCCGACUAUAUCCCGAUGGCCUCCAUCUUAGCGUGCAUCGACAUGCAAGCAACCUGGUUCACGCGGUGGCACCUGACGUGUCCGUGGAAAGGCCAAUGGCUGCAUUUGCUCCACGAAUGCCAUGUCAUCAUCCACCUAGUCGAGCGGCUCGUGCACGGCCACACGGCCGUCGAGCUCUGGCGCAAGUUUUCACGGCACACCAUGUCGCCGGCAGGCGUGACGUAUCGCCGCCGUAGUCUCUCGCGCGCGACGUUGGUGCCGUCGUCGUCGCGGGUCGCGCUGCCGUCGCACGUUGCGCUGGACAGUCCGUCGCCGCUACCGCAGUGGUAUACGAUUCUCAUGCAGAAGACCAUGGUCCAGGGGGUGCACAUGCUUCUCGAGUUGCUUCCAUUGUCAUCCGUGCAAGCAGCGUUCCCACUGCGCAUCGAAAAGACCGAGCAUCGCGGCGGCAGCACACCGCUGCCUAUGAGGUUAUCGCCAGACCCUGCGACCAACCAACUGCUCUUCACGACGUGUUCGCCCGCACGCCCGAGCUCGAGCAAGACAGACAAUGUUGAGUAUGAUGCGGUGUGCCUUCACCUAACCCUGGUGUGUGUCGCGCAACUGUGGCGGUCGGACGCGGGUUGCGCGGCCGUUGGCGCGUCCCCGCUCGAUACGAUGCACGAAGCGCUGAUUCCCAAGCUCCUGCACCUUGUCCGCCGUCAGCACGCGGCCCCUUUCUACGACCUACUGCUCCAUGUGCUCGUGCACAUCCGACGCCUCGAGCACGAGCGCCCGGUUGACAUAGGUAGCAUCGCGUUUCCGUAUGCAGCGCUGGCCACCGAGGACGCCAAGGCGCUGGUGCUCACGUACACGAAACACGUGGUCGUACACCGCGACCACCCGCGCAUCAAGACCCUCGUGCAGCAGCUCGUGAGCAGCGCUAUCGACGGUCUCGUGUCGCUGCCGCCGACGUCGGACACUGCCCAGCACAUCGUGGCUCUCUUGGCUGAUCCGACACCGGUGUUGGGCGAGGUGCACGCGCAAAUCGCUGCUGCCUGUCGCCACUCGCUUCUCUGGCUCGAGUGUUUUGCAGAUUGCACAGAUUGGCUCGCCAUCUUGCGCGACGCGUGCCCAACGUUGUCGACACGGGUGCGCGACUGCAUCCUGCGCGAUCUCACGGCGACCGCUCGCGGGCUCAUGCUCGGCUACCCCUUGCUGCUAGCGUUUCCACUGGACCUCGCGCCGCUGUGGGCGACCCGAGACAUGGAGUCGCUCAUGCAGAUGAUGUCGAUACCAACGAUGGCAGCUGCCUUCUUACACAAGAGCCCGACGCUAUCGGCGACGUUCGAGCACCGCGUCGACGCGCUCGUCUCGCACGUCGAUGGCUUUGAAGCAUUGGUCGACGGCGGUGUCGACGCGCCCAUUGAGCUCCGGGACACUGUGGUCGACCUCGUCAACCUCGCGCUCCUCUUUCGAACGCCGUAUGCGGCGACCGACCUCGGCCGCUCGCCGUGGUGGCGUUGCUGGACCGUUGAAGCAAGAGCGGGGGACACCUCGCAUGUCGCGCAGCUGUUGCUGGUCGACGCGCUCGUACACUCGUCGCCGGCGGGUGCGCAUGCGGUGGCCAUGCACGGAGCCGCGGCGCUCUGGCGCUGCGGCUGCCCCGACGACGUGCCUUGUGCCAUCGACCCGAUCUCGUGGCACCAGCACCGCAUCCAGCAGCGCCUCGAGUGUAUCACAUCGAGUCGUAUGGCACCCGACGUGUUGGCCCCGAUUUGCGCGCAAGUGAAUCCCGCGCGGCCGCCAACGCCGGGCUCGCUCCGGCCGCUCGAAGCGCAGUUUUUGCACUUGCAGUACGCCAUGCGCAAUGCGAGUAACCACUUGGACUUCAAGGCGAUCGGAGGUCUCUACUGGCACCUUGUCGACGACAUGGGCAGCGUGCUCGAUGACGCGCCGCUCACUGCGUGGCUCGGCGAUGUCCUCUUGGAGCUUGUCAUUGGCGCCAAGAGCAAGCUUGCGCUGCCGUACCCUGGAGGUGCGCCGAUGCCGUCGAUCGAACCCGCGUCCGAGGCAUGGCUGCCACGCAUCAACCGUUGGCUCAAGCACCGCUCGCAGUCGAUUGGGCUCGAUCCGCUACCGUGCACGUCGUUAUUGCCGCCAACGCUCUCGGCCUUGGGGCGCGAAGCGUGCGACCCGUUUGUAUGGAGCCUCCUCGUGAUGCUCUCGCCGCGCCACAGUGUCGACGAGGUGCUAUCGUGCUUGGUGGCGCUCCGGGGCGCGGGCCCGUCGCUCUUCCUCUGGCCUGCGCGCGCGAUAGCCGACGCCACGUUUGCGGGCUGCCACGUUCCACUCUUCCACGUCGCGUCCAUUGUCGAAGGCCUCGCGGCCACCGAGUGCCCUGCCGUGAUGACGACGCUCGCGCGACUGCACUUGCCGCUUACGACAUUGCUCUUGCGCUGGCAGCUCCAUGGGCUCUGGUCCGUCCUCCCGUGGCGCCACGUCAUGGUCUUCAUCAACUUUGUCGGUGUCUACGGCAUGGACUACAUACCGCUCUUGACCCUCGUGCUCUUGCGCGAGCUCCAGCCGUCGUUGAUGACGGCUUCAACCGCCGCCCACGUCCUCGACGCGGCGAUUCCAGGCUUUGCAUGGGGCGCCCAUCGCGCGUGGAUCGAGCGCCUCCACAGUGUGUACCAUGACGUCAUCAAGACCGGCAUGCGCCGCCUGUACCUAUGAUCAAGGAAGACAACCAUUCUUGGAUUAUCGUGUCAAGGGCCACCGCGUCGUCUUCGUCAUGUAAUGUACUACUAGUAGAGCACACGAGCUGGUCCAU